AUGGAAAGUCUCCCAAGAAAAUUCACAGCAAAGAUCAUCAAAGCUUUUGUCAUUAGAGAACACAACAUAGACCUUACUAAAGUCCCAUUCUACCCUGCUGAGGCCCACCUUUCAGAUGAACUCAUGGGUGUUCGGAUGUCAGCCAGAUCCUUCCUGGCAGAGGAGGAAGACAACAUUCCAAUUGCAACACCAUCAAGAUUUUUCAUGCUUGUCAGAAAAUUCUACCAAGCUGUGGUUUCUAAAAUGGUGCAGGAAAUUCCAUUUAAGGAUUCUUUGAAACAGGAUCUCAGAAUCAUUGAUCCUAAAAUAAAAAGGAUAUUACAGCUGAGACAAUUCCCCCUAUGA